UUCUAUUCAACAACAAUGGCUGACUUGGACGAUUUUUUUGCCAAAAAGGACAAGAAAAAAUCGAAAAAGCCAAAAUUUUUGACGGCCGAAGAGUUGGUAAAGAGUUUGGAGGAGACCUCGAAGCGCGAAUUAGUAAAACCUAAAAAACAGGAGUCCACAACAACAGCAAACUCUCCCAAUCUGAAUAGUGGCGAUGGUGAAGAUAAAAUAAAAAACAAUGAGCAGAAUGUUGAAGAAGAAUGGAAGGAGUUUGAAGAAGAACAACGGAAAGACUAUUCAGGCUUGAAAAUUGGUCAGUUGACACUAAAUGAUGAUGAAGAACAGAGCGUUUCAGAUGGCGGCGAAGAUGAUGCCGAUGAAGGUAGCAUUAACACGGAAUUGGGGACUUUUUCUGAUGGGGGUCCCUGGAAGAAAGUUAUUCCAGCUGAUGAGGUGACGCAAAUACCCAUGGAGAUGCCGAAGGCGUCGCUUCUAUACCGAGUGAAACCUUUGGAAGCCAGUCAAAAAUCUAAAUUGCGUUCAAAGGCUGCGCCUGAUAUAACCAAUUCCGAUUAUUUUCCAUCUUUGGGUGCUGCUCGACCUGAAGAGCAACGCAAAAAGAAAAACGAACCUGCCUUCGAAGAGGUGCGCCAUGGUAGUCGUGUUCAGAGGGUAAUGAAAGAGCAACCUAUCACUCCAAUUAAUGCUUCAAAUCGUUUCCAAUCGUUAGAAGAAACCGAAAGCUAGAGUUUUUCUUUGUAAUGCAAUUUUUGAAACCUUCAGCCUCGAGCGCGUCUCCUUGCAGGAGUUUGGGCUUAAUUUUUAUUUGGAUUCUUUUUUACCGAAUGUUAUAACAAAGAGUAAUGGACUUCCUAUUCCAUUUUUAUUUCCAUUGCUAGUAAAUUGUAUUUUUUACUUCGUUUUAUAUUUUUAUAAUAAUCCGCCAACUCUCUGCUGUCAAAAAACUGCAAACAAAUCUUAUAAAUACCGUUUUUUACGUGAUCGCUUGAAUGUAUCUAUAUAUACGUAUAUAGAUAUAUAUAUUAUAUAUAUAUUUUUUUUUUUGUUUCUCAAAGCCAUCAUAACCUUAUUUUUUGAGAAAAAAUGAUGUGCAGCCGCAGAACGUUAACCUUGUUUAAUACUUUACAAAAUGGCUUUGUAAGCUACAAGACCCGGUUCUACUUUUCUUAUGUAAUCAAUAGAUUAAACGGGUAAAUAAAGAAAUUGAAAAUUAAUAAAAUAUUGAUAUGAAUUGUCGUUUAAUGUGUCUCUAUUAAUAUAAAUUAUUUUGGAAAUAAAAAUGUUUAAAUGCAUUGAAAUAUU